CUUCUUCUUCUUCUGAAACUGAAAGACUGAAGCUGAGCUGAAAACCCUAAUUUUCUUUUGGGUAAUGCGCAUUCGUAGAUCAAUCACUUAAUGAUAUGACUAGUGCAGGUAUUGCUAAAGUGUACAGCAGCAUCAACUAUGGUGGUGCAUCUGCAUUUGCAUCAAACUUCUCUGAUCAACAAGGUAUGUUGUCAUUGUGUUCCUUCAAAAACCCUAAUUUGGAUAAGAAAAAUGGUCAAUCUGGGUCAACCCAGAAGAUAUUCAUCAUCUUCAAGAUCAAAGGAUUGUUUCCUGUAUCAGUUUAUCCCUUUUAAGAACAAUGUUUGUGGUGGUUCAUCAAGUGUUUGUAUUAAUUCCAAUGAGAAAAGACAGAUUUUUAUUGGUUUGUCGAAAAUUAUUAAACAUGGACAAGGUUCUGUUCUGAAGGAUUUUUGUUUAGGUGAUAAUCAAUUUUGGCCUUUUAAUCUUGUAGAGAUUAUGAAAUUAUUUAGUGAUUCAUUUUUGUCGCUGGCAUUUUUUAAAUUUGUUUGUGUAAAUGAUUCUGAUUUUGAUAGGGAUAGCUCGAUUAGGUUGUAUUGUGAAUUAGCUCAUAUUUUAGCUUCACAAGAUAUGAGGUAUUUGUCACAAGAUGUGAUUUGCAUUGUGGUAAAGAGAAUUGGAGUAGAUCGUAGCAGUGACUUGAUUGAUUUAAUGUUGAAGAGACGCGAACGUUAUCUGUAUGAGUCUGAUUUUUCGGUUCUUGAUUCGUUAAUGAGGGGGUUUAUGAAGGCUGGUUUGGUCAGGAAGGCAUUGGUGGUUUUGGAUAAAAUGAGGAAGGAGGGAUUGGUGCCGAGUAUGUCUGCUAUGGGUAUUCUUUUCAGAAUGCUGAUUGCGGUUGGUGAUUUUAGUACUGUUUGGAGAUUGUUUAGAGAUAUGGUUGUGAAAGGGCCGAGGAUUUCGACUAAUGAGUUCAAUGUUAUGUUAGAUGGGUUCUCUGGGAAAGGGUGUUUUCAAGUGGUGGUGAGUUUGUUUUAUUUGAUGACUAAAUUUGGGUGUGAGCCGGAUGUGUUUACGUAUAACAUUUUGAUCAAGACUUAUUGUAUUGAUGGACGAUCUUCUGAAGCUUUGACAUGGGUGAGGGAAAUGAUUGAAAAGGGUUGCGCUCCGAAUGUGGUUACCUUUAAUACUAUUAUUGAUUCUUUCUGUAAGCAGGGAAACAUGGCGGAAGCAAGAAAGUUGUUCGAUCAGAUUCAGGAGAGGGAUGUUAAACCAAACACUGUCACGUAUAAUACACUCAUUAAUGGGUAUGUGAAGGCUCAGGAGAUUCGUGUAGCUAAUUUACUUUAUCAAGAAAUGAAGGAGAAAGGUCUACCUGCUGAUGGUGUAACUAUAAACACUAUGAUCUACGGGCAUUGCAAGUUCGGUCGUGAAGAAGAUGGUGAGAGAUUGUUGGGGAAUGUUUCUGUUGCAGGUCUGAUUCCUCCGACAGAUAUUUCAGUUGCUGGGUUAUGUUGGGCAGGUCAACUAGAUGAUGCAAUGGGGUUGCUACAAGAUAUGCUCGCAAAGGGAAUGCCUCCAAGCGUUGUUGCUUUUAACUCGAUCAUUGCUGGUUAUAGUAAAGCAGGGAGAGAAGAUAAAGCCUUUGAAGUGUAUCGGUUAAUGGUGGAAUUUGGUUUAACUCCAUCAUCCUGUACUUGCAGUUCUCUUCUUCUGGGUUUGUCAAAUAGGGGAAUGCUUCAUGAGGCCAGGGAACUUCUUGAUAAAAUGGUAGAUAAGGGAUUUCCGAUAAACAGAGUUGCUUUUACUGUUCUUCUGGAUGGGUAUUUCAAUAGUGGAGACCUUAUAAGAGCGCAUAGAUUGUGGGGUGAGAUGAAGAGUAGACGGAUAUGUCCUGAUGUGGUUGCUUUUUCAGCCUUUAUAGAUGGACUUUCGAAAGCAGGUCGUAUGGAGGAGGCUUACGAGGCCUUUGAAGAUAUGCUGAGAAGAGGUAUCACCCCGAACAAUUUCACUUACAACUCUUUAAUUGGUGGCUUCUGUAAUUGUGGCAACUUGGACUAUGCCUUGAAGUUGGAGAAAGAAAUGAGACAAAAUGGGCUUCUUCCAGAUAUUUUUACUACUAAUAUGAUCAUUAAUGGGUUUUGCAAACAGGGCAGUAUGAAGGCCGCAAAUAAUGCUUUCAUGGACAUGCACAGAUUCGGACUGACCCCAGAUAUAGUCACAUACAAUACUUUGAUUAGUGGAUAUAUUAAGGCCUUCGACCUGGUAAAUGCUGAGGACUUCCUAGCUAAGAUGUGGGAUAGCGGAUGGCAGCCUGAUAUUAUCACGUACAAUACAUGGAUCUAUGUGUUUUGUAGUAGCCGUAAAAUUGUUCAAGCUGUGAGGAUGCUGGAUGAGCUAAUUGCAUCGGGUUUUAUUCCUAACACAGUUACAUACAAUACCAUGGUGAAUGGUGUUUGCUGUGACAUACUAGAGCGUGCUAUGAUACUUACUGCAAAAUUACUGAAGAUGGCAUUUGUGCCAAAUGUCGUGACGGUAAAUACAUUGCUGUCUCACUUUCGUAGGCAUGGGUUGCCGCAGAUGGCCUUGAUGUGGGGACAUAAGCUAUACUUAGUGUCUUUUCCAUUUGAUCAUGUUACUUAUAUGAUUCUGCAGAGCGCUAAGUGGGACUCACUGCAAGAUGCAGAGAUUGUGAAAGAGUCACCAGGGGAAGCCAUAGUGGUAGACUUUCUCAUGCACAUUACUUUUGAUUACAUAGCAAAAGAUAUGUCUUACCGAGAUAGGAAUCAGCGUUACUUAUCAGAAGUAUGUGAUCACAAUCUUCUGGCUCUUGGAAAAUGAAAUUAGUAGUAUUAUAGCUAUUUAUCAGCCAGGUAUUCAGGGAUAAAAGGCCUGCAGUUUGGUCAGAAUACAGCGAGUGGAGAAAAUUGAGUAUUCUUUUGGUCAAGACGGGUGACUCGUUUCAUUGAUGCUUGGUCUUCUAAGCUGAAGUGCAGCCUCUCUCCAUAUGCUCAACUUUAUGAAACUUUGUAAGAAAAUUUCACAGAACACAUCUAACUCGAGUAGAGCGUGGGCGGAGAUUAAGUAAUCCUACUUUUAUGGGAGCAUAUGUAUUACAAAAGAUGAACUAUUUGGAUUCUCCAAAGCUGCAUUGCCGUAUAUUGCUGUUUUUUCUGACGAAAUGAGGUGUUGCAGUAACUCCACAACUUUCACCUGCAAUGUAAAAUAGAAUACAACAAGGGACUUUGCUGUACCUCUCUGCAGUUAGGCUUCUUUUGUGACACUUGCUUUGCCCGUGUUUUUGGGAACCUUUUGAUCCAGAACUGCGUUACUAUUGCAGUACUGGUAAUGCAGAAUCUGUUCAUGGAAGUACAUGCCCAGAAGUUUAUGAGCAGACUCUUGUUCCAGAAAUCAGACUGGGAUUAUAUAGUUGUUGUGAUAACAGUUACAGGACAAGUGUCGGUGUUUACUAAGUGUUAGGGAAUCUUUGUAUUGAUUUAGCUGCUGGAUAUUGCCCAGCUCUGACUGGUGAUAGAGUUCUGGAAAAGAUAGGGAAUCUUUGUAUUGAUUUAGCUGCUGUAUAUUGCCCAGCUCUGACUGGUGAUAGAGUUCUGCCUAGUGGCAGGUAUCACCCGUUGGCGGCUAACACAGAUGACCUAAAUCACAAAGAUCAAUUCACAAGCUUGGGGUACUUUAUGCGAGUCUGUUCUGGCCUAUAGCAGCAGUAUCACUUAUUCAGUUUGGUUAUCUGUUCUCGGUUGUUCUCCAAAUCAAGUUCCAGAGAUUUUGUUCGCUCACAGCUAAAGAAAAACAGUAAACUGAGUCAAGCAUCA